GUAAUUUGGAUCAUCGGUCGAUCGGAAUGCUUUGGUAUUUAUUAGUUCAUCCAGAGGACAAAAUGGCAAUGAUAAGAGCAGGUUUUGGGAAAGGCUCUGCCUUGCUGACCAACAGCGCUGCAUUAUUAUCAAGACUGCAGCCAGCAGUAAUUACACAGAUGUCCCACACCAGCACACGAACCAACACACAGGACAUAGCCUACAAAGAAAUGGAACAGUUCUGGGAGAAAAAUCGACAACUCAACAGACCGCUUUCUCCUCACCUCAGAAUAUACAACCCGGAGUUGACAUCCAUGUUAUCCCUGUGUCACAGAGUUACAGGAAUAUGUAUGGCUGUCGCUGUUCCAUUAGCAGCUGCCACCUUGUUAGUUUUACCGGGAGAUUUCGCUUCCUAUAUGUUAUACAUCAAGGAUCUUCAGGUCAACUCUGUGCUUCUGACUGCCGCUAAAUACGUCCUGGCCUUUCCUAUCUGUUACCACUAUAUCAAUGGCAUCAGACAUCUGGCUUGGGACUGGGCCCUUGGCUUUAACCUGAAGACAACCUACCAGUCUGGUUAUUUCGUAAUGGCCCUGGCCCUGCUGGUAACCGCAGGAUUUGUCCAUCUCCUGUAACCAUGGUAACACUGUAACCACAGUAACAGAGUGUGAUGGAGAGACUUUUGACAGGUGCCAUGGACUUGCAGGAUAACUGUGCUUCGACUGAUAUUAUGCAUAAUCUGUAAUGCUUGUCUCUGUGUACAAAGAAUUCCAAUCGUCUUGGUCAUUUUUAUCCGUAUUUGCUUGAUAAUUCCUGUAUGAUAUGCUGUUAAUCAUACAACAUUUGCAGCUCAUGGAGUUCUUUUUACUGUAUUUGGAAUUGUUAUUUAACAACUUUUUCUCUUUCAUAAUACAAAAAUAAUUUAAACCAUGAAAGGCCCAAUUUGACUUCCCCUUAAAAUUGCUUAUAUUAUCCGAUUGUUUUGGCAAAUGUAAAAGUAAUCUUAUAUACUUGAAAUAUUUGUUUAUAAUAUAUUGAUUAAAAUAAAUUACAAAAGAAA